CGGUAUUAUGUCCUGGGAAAACCAUUAUAAACUUGGCCUUUAGCAGAGCUGAUCUCUUAACAACUAUCUCAGAAAGACGAAAAUGGGCAAUCGUCACAGCCAUUCUUACUCCCUCUCAGAAGGCAGCCAGCAGUUGCCCAAAGGGGACACCUCAGCCUCGACAGCCGUGCGCCCUCUCAGCCACCCGUCAGGGAGCGGACAGCUGGAGGCCCAGCAGCCUGCCAAAGCCAGGGAGCAGCAGCGUUUCGAUGUGGAUCGAGAUGUCAAGAAGCUGAACAAGGCCUGCAAAGGAAUGGGGACCGAUGAAGCGACCAUCAUUGACGUCUUGUCAAGCAGGACAUCAAAUGAGAGGCAACAGAUAAAGCAAAAGUACAAGACCACGUAUGGCAAGGAGCUGGAGGAGGUGCUCAAGAGUGAGCUGAGUGGGGAUUUCAGCAAGGCCGCCUUGGCCCUUCUGGACCGCCCCAGCGAGUACGAUGCCCGGCAGCUGCGGAAGGCCAUGAAGGGUCUGGGCACGGACGAGGCGGUGCUCAUCGAGAUCCUGUGCACGAGAACCAAUCAGGAAAUCAUCGCCAUGAAGGAGGCCUACCAAAGGUUAUUUGACCGGAGCCUGGAAUCAGAUGUCAAAGACGAUACCAGCGGAAAUCUAAAAAGAAUUCUGGUGUCCCUGCUGCAGGCUAAUCGUGAUGAAGGAGAUAAUGUGGACAAAGAGCUCGCUGGUCAGGAUGCCAAAGAUCUGUAUGAUGCAGGGGAAGGCCGCUGGGGCACCGAUGAACUUGCCUUCAACGAAGUCCUGGCCCGGAGGAGCUACAGGCAGUUACGAGCCACCUUCGAAGCCUACCAGAUGCUCAUCGGCAGAGACAUCGAAGAGGCCAUUGAGGCGGAAACGUCGGGAGACCUUCGGAAGGCCUACCUAACUCUCGUGAGGUGUGCCCGGGACCUGGAGGGCUAUUUUGCUGACCGUCUGUACGAGGCCAUGAAGGGUGCGGGGACCGAUGAGGAGACACUGAUUCACAUCUUUGUGACCAGGGCUCAGGUGGACCUUCAGGGGAUAAAAGCCAGGUUCCGAGAGAAGUAUCAGAAGUCCCUCUCCGACAUGGUUCGCUCGGACACCUCGGGGGACUUCCAGAAACUGCUGGUAGCCCUCUUGCGCUGAACCAAGCCAGAGCCGUAGGGGCACAGGGAGGAGCCGUCUUUGUCGAGAGCCCAUUCCAAACCUGAUUUGCAAACAUGACUCCGGCUUGAAAAACUUUCAAGAGUCCUGGUUUAGUUUCUGGGCAGCUUCUGUUUAAGUCAAAGACAGUGGCUUCGAUGUACUUGGGAAGGUCACCCUUGCACGCCGGCCUAGCGGGUGUCUGGGCUGCUGCUUCGCUUUUCUCUAGAGCAUGGUAACUGAGUGCUUCAUAAGUGCAAGUGAAAUCAGCAGUUGAUGGGGAAAAAAACUAUCCAUUCGUAAUAAAACAUUUAGAAUUCUAUAUCUCACACAAGGGUAUGUAUGUUCUGGGUAAAUAUUAAAUGGUUAAUGUACAGGGAAGAUAAAAUUAACCAAUUCAUUAAUUUCCCUUCUGUGUGUUCAAUUUCAAAGCCUCAACAUUAAUUAAAGUUGUGGAUUAUGCCUCCAUCAGCUGCUUUUCCAAA